AUAAGCUGAAAAUUAAGCCCCAGUACACGUGUGUGUGUGUGUGUAUGUAUGUUCAACUCUGAAUUUUCUCUCUAUCCUCUCUAUUGAUCAUCUGUAGCAGGCUUUUGAGAAAUUGAAGCUAGCUAGGCCUCCAUGGCCUCUUCAAUUUUCUUAUACAAUUCUCUCUCUAUUAGGCGUUUAUCAGAUUCUUUUAGAGGCUUGUUCUUCAUGCACAUUAGCUUAGCUUUCAUUACCAUUUUUAUGAUUUUCUUCUACAUCUCUUCAACCUCGAAAAUUCUGAUUCAAACACAACACAUCGAACACAGAACCCCUCUUUAUAUAAAACAAUCACUAGGGUCUCCAACCAACCCUCCACUCACCAACUUAAGUAUGAAAUUAAUUUCAUUCCACAAACCUUUUGGCGCUAAAAGUUCAUUUUCCGAUGUGCUGAAAGCAGCCGAAGAAGGCGGCGAAACCCCUCCCUUCACUAGGGAUGGCGGUGAAGGAGCUAAGAGAAGGUGGUCAACUGGAGUACGUCAUGAUCAAAUGAGCCUAAAUGCCGAAGAAGGCGGCGAAACCCCUCCCUCGACUGGGGAUGGUGGUGAAGGAGCUAAGAGAAGAUGGUCAACUGGAGUACGUAAUGAUCAUAUGAGCUUAAAUGGAGAGGAUGAGAAUGAGGUGUUCCAUGACAGAGAAAUGUUUGUAGAAAACUACAAGAGAAUGAAUAGAAGCUUGAAGAUAUAUGUGUAUCCUCACAAAAGAGACGAUCCCUUUGCCAACAUACUCUUGCCAGUGAAUUAUGAACCAGGGGGUAACUAUGCAAGUGAAAGUUACUUCAAGAAAGUGCUUUUCAAAAGCCAUUUCAUCACCAAAGACCCUUCAGAAGCACACCUCUUCUACCUACCAUUUUCAAUUGCAAGUAUGAGGCAUGACAAGAGAGUUGGUGUCGGUGGUAUCCAAAAUUUUAUCCGAGACUACAUCUUCAACAUCAGUCAUAGCUACCCCUACUGGAAUAGGACAGGUGGGGCUGACCACUUCUAUGUUGCUUGUCAUUCCAUUGGGAAGGUAGCUAUGGAGAAAGCAGUGGAAGUGAAAAUCAAUGCCAUUCAAAUGGUCUGCACAUCCAACUAUUUUAUACAUGGAUAUGUUCCUCAUAAAGAUGCUUCUUUGCCUCAAAUUUGGCCAAGACGAGGAGAUCCCCCAAAUGUUGCACCAUCCAAAAGGAAAAAGCUUGCCUUCUUUGCUGGAGCAAUGAACUCCCCAGUACGUCAAUACGUCCUCAAAGUAUGGAGAAACGACUCCCAGAUCUUCGUCAACAAUGGCCGGCUCAAAACGCCUUACGACAGAGAGCUUCUUCGGAGCAAGUUCUGCCUCCAUGUGAAGGGGUUUGAAGUGAACACAGCACGCAUUGGGGAUGCUCUGUACUAUGGUUGUGUCCCUGUGAUAUUGGCUGAUCACUAUGACCUCCCAUUUGCAGACAUUUUGAAUUGGAAGAGCUUUUCACUUAUUGUCACCACUGCAGACAUCCCAUUGCUGAAGAAAGUGCUUCAAGGGAUAAGCUCUGAUGAGUAUCAAAGGUUGCAAAGCAAUGUGUUGAAGGUGAGAACGCAUUUCCAGUGGUAUGUUUCUCCAGUUGAAUAUGAUGCCUUUUACAUGGUUAUGUAUGAAUUAUGGCUCCGAAGAAGUCAUGUAAGAAUUUCUUUUUAGUGUUUUAAUUUGUUGAAUCCCAAUCAAUAAGUAUAUGUUGAUAUAGUUGUGUAUAUAUAAAUGUUUAAAAAUUAAAAUUUCUUUACAA